AUGGAGCGAGUAUCAAAGCAGCUCAUCUUGUCAACACAAAGCGGUCGAUUAAAGCCGGACGUUCGGCUUGGAGUCGCAGUCUCGGAGUUCGCCGAAACCUUAGACGAGGAUCGAAAGAGAGAAUUCCAAAAGAUGCAAACGGCCGGAACACAACUGUCUGGACGAGACGCCAUACGCGUGACGGAAGAGUUAAACCGAGACAGCGAAUGGAGGCAUUCUGCCUGUCGACCGUAUGGUACCAAGUGUGGGAAAUUCUUGGACCGCCUUCAGACACUCGCGAAUAUAGGGGAUGUCAUGAUUGGAGGCUCUCAGAAUGUAAUCGCCACGAGUAUUUGGUGUGCUGUUAGGCUGGCGUUGCAGACCGCUACCAACUAUCGCGGCUACUUCGAGAAGCUCUCCAGUCUGUUCAUGAAGCUCGGGACUUCGUGGGACCUCCAUAACGACUUCGCCCAAAUUUUCCCUCAGUCUCGGGCUCUUCAGACCUUUCUGUGCGAGUACCUAAUAGUCCUCAUGCGACUGUGCCGAAAGACCGUUGCUUUCAGCAACAAAUCUUUCGCGGGCCAAGUCUGGUCAUCACUUGGCGCAUCCUUUGACUCCGAGUUCAAACCGCUGCAGGAAGAGAUGGAUAAGUGGGGCUUGUUGAUUCAACACAAGACUCAGCAACUCGCAACGGCGUGCGUGGUUGAUACCGAGAUGUUCAGACGAAGAGACUACAAACAGCGCAUACUACGUCUCCUGUCGCCGAACCAAUCCCAACACAUUACUGCUUGGAGACGGCACAGGAAGAAGGGAGACUGCAAGUGGAUAUACGAGACAGCGGCCUACAAAUCUUGGAUAGCGGAGGACGAGUCUUCAACUUUGUGUAUCAGCGGCAAACUUGGCAGCGGCAAGACAGUCAUGAUGGCAAACAUUGUGGCUCAGAUCAGCAUGCACCAGACAUGCGCCUUCUUCUUUUGCACAUUCAAGGAUCAAGAGAGCUUGAAGGCUAGAGCUGUACUGGGAAGCAUAGCAUUCCACCAGCUGGAUAGCAUACCAGGCGACGACUCGACUUGGGACGACCUCUCAAGACAAGGGGACACUUCGUCGCGACUGCUAACAAGUGCGGGAAUCAUCGACCUCUUGAUGGACGUCCCUCCAGAGAACGCAAAAUAUGUGUUAGUUUUCGACGGGCUCGAGGACUGUCCUAGCGACGAGAUCACCGAGGUCAUUUAUGGCCUUCGCCGCUUAAUGGCAUGUCGGAUAAUCCUUCUUUGUUACUCAGCGCGCUCAGGAUCGAUGUUCCAACGGCUUACAGUCCAACAGUUGGCCCCAAAGUUUUCUGUGAGCCUUGAUGAUGAAAUGCAUGAUGGAGAGAUCAAGGCCUACAUUACCGAGGAGAUAGCCCGACGGAAACAGACAAGCCAGCCGGGACUGUUCAGCGACGAACUUGUAGAACUGGUCAAGCAACAAUUACUGGCUGGUGCGCAAGGAAUGUAUUUGUGGGUGUCCCUGCAGCUGGACUCGAUCUUCCCCAGUCAGUCAAGAACAGUCGUCACUUACGAACAAAUUCUAAACUUGAUCAACAAUCUUCCAAAGGACUUACCCGAAACUUUCGAGAGGGCUUUAGAAGAGAUAAUUGAUGACCGGUACGGAGACUCAAUCAUGAAACUUGUUAUGGCUGCUCCGUCGCCGCUUUCUCUCGACGAGCUGAGGGUUGCCCUUGCUGUGGUCCCUGGAGAUCCGGUCUGGUACCCAUCCAAAGUGCCAACAAAUGCCUCUCAGCUUAUCUCACUCUGCGGCGGUAAUCUGUUAGAACUGGACGAAGAAGAUGAGAAAGUUCGGUUCAUACAUUACAGCGUAGUGAGCCAUUUGUUACAGCCUACCAAGAACCCUCGCACUAUGCUGUACCACUUCACCUUGCAAGAAGCCAUGGCUCAGUCCGGCGCGAUCUGUGUCACGUUCCUGAAUAUGCCACUUUUCGAAUCAGCUGUUACCACGACGAGGAAGAUCGAUGGGGAGAGAUUGGCUGAGGAGGUGAUAGGGACCGCGACUCACGCGCACCCCCUUCUUGGUCAUCUCGCGCACCUGUUCAAGAAGACGGAUCGUCGCCAUUCUAGGUCAACAGAUUUCGACAUUGGACGCUUGCUAGCAGAGAUACAAGCUGCCAGGAUGUUGAGUUUUGACCCACACUGCUUCCAAAAGUACGCUGUGUCGAACUGGCUCACACACUGCGGAGCUUUUCAGAAGAAAACCCCGUUGUGCGUGCAGAUCUGGCACCUUUGGAUGAGGCUGCUGCGUGGCAACAUACAGGUGGCGAAGCCCCCUUUUCAGAGCCCCGUGGAAGAUUCUUGGCCAGCACUGUCUUGGGCGCUGAAGCAUCAUUGCGAAGUCUUAGUUUGCGCAAUCAUCGAAGAGCCAACUACAGAGCCAACUGACGGUGAGAGAAUAUCUCAAGGAAUUAUCGAGCUGGCAUCGCCACCCCUUGCCAGUCGGUGGGAUCGCUCCACCCUGGGCCUUAUUCUGGUACACCUAUUCCAGCUCGCUACCAAUAUCCUGACUGCUAGUCCCAAAUUUGAGGGUGAUCACAGUAUCGUGGACCAAACCAAUGCGUCCGGGUCGAAAGUGCCUUGGAAGUUACUAUACCAAUCAUUACAGCGACUUUUGGACUUGGGAGCCGACCACACGAUGCCCCAUUCUAGGAACGGAAACAACGUUCUCCAGAUGCUACUUGCAACACUUGGCUGCAUCUCCGAGACAACGUUCGACGGGCGCCAGUUGUCUAAUCUCCUGACGCGGAUAUUGAUUCGCGACAAUACGCCGCCUUUGCUUCGGUCUGCUUGGGUACCAUAUGCGCUUCGAAGAAUUCUUGAAAAUGACAAUACUCAGAUCUUCUUGAGACUCCUGUCACACAGCCCUGAACUACAUUUAGGACCCGAGGAGGAUUCCCUUAUCGGUGUUGCCGUCUUCAAAGGCAAUCUCGAAGCAGUCAGAGUGUUGGUCGAAGCUUGCCCCUUAAUUGGUUCAGGCCCUGGCUACGCGUCGUACAUAAAUGGCCAACCAGCUAUACAGCUUGCACUUGAGAGACAGGACAAAAAGAUAGUAACACUUCUCGCCCGCCGCGGCGGUCUAAGGGACUCCUACGGUAAAAACAAAUUUUCAGUGCCUCUCCUACAAAUAGCACUGGAACGGCUGAGCACGGAGCGCCUGUUGGAGAACGGCUUCAACAUACGGAGUUUCGCUAUCAUCUUCAAGUUGCCGCUGAGAGAAAUCAAACACUGA